AUGUUCAAAACAACAACACGUCUGUUCAAGCCAAACGCAAUCCGAAACUUCACAACUACACCAUCCCGUCCAUUCCACUUCUCAGCUGCCAACAUGGGUGUCACUAAGCAGAAGCUCCAGGACGGUGACGGCAAGACCUAUGCCAAGGCUGGUGACAACAUCACCAUGGAGUACACUGGUACUCUGUUCGAUGAGAAUGCGCCAAACAAGAAGGGCAAGCAGUUCGACUCUUCCGUCGGCCGCGGCGACUUCGACACCAGAAUCGGUGUAGGCCAGGUCAUCAAGGGCUGGGAUGAGGGUGUCCUCAGCACUGACGGCGGCAUGUCUCUCGGCGAGAAGGCCACUCUCACUAUCACUGGUGACUACGCCUACGGCUCAAGUGGCUUCCCGGGUCUUAUCCCAGCAAAUGCCACCCUCGUCUUCGACGUCCAGCUCAAGGCCAUCAACGGCAACCGUGCUCCAGGCUUGUAA